AUGGUGAGUUUCACGGCACGCCGGAGUGAGCCGGAGCUGGUGGCACCGGCACGGCCGACGCCACGCGAGACCAAGCUCCUCUCCGACCUCGAUGACCAGUGGACGCUGCGCUUCUACGAGUCCGUCGUCGGCUUCUUCCGCAGCCCACCACCGGGAAAAGAAAACAGAGCCGGCGCCGGCGGCGGCAACAACGUGGCCAAGGCUCUCAAGGCGGCUCUUGCGGGGGCUCUGACGCACUAUUACCCCAUCGCCGGUCGCCUGCGGAAGCUCCCCGGAGGAAACAAGCUGGCGGUGGACUGCACUGCGGAAGGCGUGGUGUUUGUGGAGGCGGCCGCGGACGUGCGGCUGGAGGAGCUCGGCGAGCCGUUGCUGCCGCCGUACCCGUGCGUCGAGGAGUUCCUUGGAGACGCUGGCGACCCUAGAGACGUUGUUGGCAAGCCUUUGCUCUACAUGCAGGUGACACAACUCAAAUGUGGAGGAUUUGUCAUUGGACUUCACAUGUGCCAUUGCAUUGCUGAUGGAUUUGGUAUUCUUCAAUUUAUCAAAUCUAUAGCUGAUUUUGCUUGUGGUGAAUUGGUUCCUACCACUUUACCGGUGUGGAAAAGAGAUGUUUACACAGCACGAAUCCCACCAUCCAUGGACCAUAUCUACCCGGCAUAUAAACCCUUUCUUUGUGGGUUGGACCGUACGGGGGAUGAUGUAAUGCUAUCAACUCAACCAGAAAACAUGGUAGUGCAAUAUUUCUUCUUUGGUCCAAGAGAAAUAGAAACUCUAAGAAGCCACAUCCAAGGACAACUCUCCAAAUCCGCCACAACGUUUGAGCUGAUUACAGCUGUCAUGUGGCGUUGCCGCACAUUGGCACUGGGUUAUGGGUCUUGUCAGAAAGUGCGUGUCAUGUUUACUCUAAAUUCCCGUGGAAGAAGCAUAAAUAGUGAUACCCCCUUACCACGUGGUUACUAUGGGAAUGCACAUUUCUCUCCUAUGGUUGAAGCCACGGUUGAUGAGUUGACUGGAAAGCCACUCGCUCAUAUACUUGAGCUUAUGCGCAAAGCUAAGUUGGACACCACGAUGGAUUGCAUGGAGUCUAUGGUGGAUCUGAUGGCAUUAUGGAGAGAGCAACCACCUUUUGGCAUGGACAGAGUGUAUGAGGUUAGUGAUACGAAAUGGAUUGGGGGCGGCAAUGCACUUCGGCUCGGGAAGGCUGAGCUGAUCGCUGCCGGUACACCCCUUGCGGGGGACCUUGUUUCAAAAUUAAUAAGCUAUCAUACACGAUGCAAGAAUGAAGACGGUGAGGACUCAACUGUUGUAUCUCUCUUACUGCCAAAACCAGCAAUGGAGAGGUAUACAAAGGAGAUGUCGGUUUGGUUGAGAUGA